CGAGUCAUCUCUUCAUUCUUUAUGUCCGAGUCCGGCAUGGCCUUUAAUCACGCAAACGAGGAAGAGGCGCAUCUUUUUGUAGAUGACCUCGCUCCCUCUUCAUUUAAUCCCUUGCCGUCACUCCAGAUUUGCACUGACCUCCCCAAUAUACGACCGACCAGUUCGCGAGACUCGGAUUCGCUGUCCCUCUUCUCCAGCAGUAUACCACGACGAACCCCGAGCCUUCGCGCCCUCAUCGCUCCGCCGCUCUCCAGUGCUGGAUCGUUGUCGCCAGCGUCGAUUAUGUCCUCUCCGCAGUUGACGGCAAUGGGCGACAUCACACCGUUACCUUCCCCGAUCGGAGGUGCCUCGCCGUGGCGAGGCGCGGGCCUGCCCUCGCUGUCCCGGAGCCCAUCAGUGGCAUCGCGCAGUGGUUCCAGCCUGCGAUUGAGUGACUCGACGCAGAUGCUAGGGCCUCCCGUGAUGUCCCGGUCGCGCGGCAAAACAUAUACAGGCAUCGAUAACCACGGGGAGGAGUCACCCACGGCGACCCGUUUGCGUCGCGAAUCACCCCACAAGCAUGCGCGCAACCGCAGUCUGAGCGACUACGCACCCCCUGGUCGCGUUCUCGUUCCACAACGCCCGAUCGCAGUGUCAGGGGCCGGCGGUGCCGGUCUGGGGAUUGUAUCCUCCUCCAGUACCGAUGCCAAGUCCAAUGGGCUUCAUCGCGAACAGUACCUGGCCGUCCACCGCGGAAUCACGUUGCCAACCAUCCGUCCACCCAGCCCUCCCCGCAGUAGUGGCAGUCGCGACAGCGACAAUGAACCUGUCAUCCACCACCUCAAACCCCUCUCCUCCCAAGAGGUAUACUCGGUUCGGUCAGUUCGCACCCAACAAGCUCGAAUGUAUCAGAAGAUCCGGACGCUGGGUCAGGGUACAUUCAGUCAGGUCAGCCUGGCAGCGCGCCUUGAGCCUCUGGCCGAAGCUCCGUUGUCCCCGCAUAGUGAUGGAGGAACAGAGAUCCAAGGCACGCUUAACACACAGAAGUUGGUCGCAGUCAAGAUCAUCGAGCAUGGGCCCGCAGGCGGUGCGGAUGAAGGACGCCUUGAGGUGUCACUUAAACGAGAAGUCGAGAUUCUCAAGUCUGUGAACCAUCCGUCACUCGUCCAGCUCAAAGCAUUUGGAAGCGAUGAGAAGCGGGCCCUCCUCGUUCUGGACUACUGUCCUGGCGGGGAUCUGUUCGAGUUUGCGACAUCUGGAGCUCCCCCCAUGUCCCCCAGCCUGAUUCGGCGCAUCUUCUCCGAGUUGGUGGACGCGGUGCGCUACCUGCAUACUAACUACAUUGUCCACCGGGAUAUCAAGUUAGAAAACGUCCUCCUCACCAUGCCUGCCCAUGUCAUGGAUAAUGUAGUAGACUGGCGCACUUAUGACCGUGCCGUGAUCACGCUCAGUGACCUUGGUCUGUCACGACGGAUCCCUGAGCCCCCGGAGAGCCCCCUUCUUCAGACCCGGUGUGGCAGCGAAGACUACGCAGCCCCCGAGAUCCUCAUGGGUCAGGCCUACGACGGCCGCGCGACAGACGCCUGGGCUCUAGGCGUCUUGCUCUAUGCCAUCAUGGAGAACCGUCUGCCUUUCGACGUGCUCCCCGGCACUCGUGGAGACCCAGCCAAACUUCGUGCUCGCACGCCUCAUCGUAUUGCCCGCUGUGAGUGGGCAUGGUACCGAUAUGCCAACGAGGACGAAGAGUGGGACCCCGUCAAGGGCAAGGGACUUGACGGUGCCCGUGAUUGUGUCGAGGGACUCUUGAAACGCAACACGAAACGCAAGUCCCUGGAUGAAAUCGCCGCCAUGGAAUGGGUGCGCGAUACGAUCUGUGUACCGGAUGGUCUGAAACGAGGCGACAAGGAAGUGCCGUAG